GAGAACAUGGACAUCCUUGAGACAGAUGCCUAUGACAGACGACAGAGAAGGAACACAUCCUGUGCUCUGCUCCUCUCUCUGGCACCUUUCUUUUUGGCCUCAGCUGUGUACUUCUACCUGGUGCACCUAGAAUCUCCGGCGUCCAUCGUGCGGGCGGGCGUCAAAUCGGCGCCAACGUUCCUGCUGGCUGCGGCGGUGCUGAGCUGGAAUGGAUGUCAUAGUGUACUGGGUGUGGCGGGAGGACUUGUCUUCUCAGCUGUGGGUGACAUUUGCCUGGUGUGGCCUGAACUUUUUCUCCAUGGAAUGGCUGCAUUCGCUCUGGCUCAUCUUCUCUACUCGGUCACCUUCCUCUCAUCUCGAUAUGAGACAUAUUCCUCCUCAUCAUGUACUGGCCCGCUGUAUUUAAUCCUGAUGGUGACUGCUGCUGGAAUUUAUGCAUACUUGUUUCCAUUUUUGAAGAAGGACCCAAGUUCAGAGAUCCUGGUUCCCGCUGUGGGGGUCUACAUUGCCUUGAUCACAAUGAUGGCGAUACUAGCUAUCAGAACCCGUCGUGGAUUUACAUUACUGGGAAGUUUGUUCUUCAUUAUGUCUGACAUGGCAUUGGCUUUACAAGUGUUUAAGGUGACAGCGCCUGUGGCACACGGUCACACGGUUGUCAUGGUGACAUAUUACUUAGCACAGUUACUAAUCAGCGUGGGUGAUAUGAGGGCAGUGGAACGCAAAAAUGACUUUGCCAAGUGGAAGCGGUCCUAG